AACUAAAAUACUUACAAGUGUGUAGUACUAUAGUUGUAAAAUGAAGGUGAUUGAGGUGAUGGCAGAGUGAAAUUGUUCCAUCCAUUCAUUCAUCAGAGUAUUUGUCAUCCAUCGUCACUCUGCAGUCGUUUACUUUUUCGUGUCGGAAAUGUUUGCCAAUUUGAAGAAAAAGAUUGAAUUAGAAGUGGGUGACUUGUCCCGUUUGACGCCUAGUCUUCGAAACUCUGAGAAACUGACCCCUCUGAGCUCUCGACACAAUUCCGUGUCCAGUUUAACGUCCGAAACGUCAACGUCCUAUACGAAUAAGUUGAGCAGUCCGACGACCAACCCUCCCUUUGACCAAGCACAGCACUACGGCAAGCAUCACGAGGGGGCGUCAAACAAUAAUGGGGGGACCAGCAAGUUGGACAACAGUAUACAACAAAAUAAGGUUAAGAGACAGUACGAAGAAAAGAUACAAACUUUAGAGCUGGACUUGGCUUGGCGAUUGAGUUCAAAAGAUGAAGAAAUUACAAAACUAAAGAAGCAAUUGGAGCAUGCCAACACCCUUCUUCAUUCAAAAGAGUUUGAAACUCAUCAGAAAUUGGUACGUGUUCAGGAGGACAUGGAUAGUUUAGAAGGGUACUCACAGCAAGAGACUGCUAAAAUAAAACACCUCCUCUUAAAUCGUGAAGAAGAAUUGAGUGAACUCAGAGCUGCUGUGAUGUUCAAGGACUCAAGACUUGCAGAGUUCGAGAGCCAACUUAAGGGCAUUUCUUCUGAAAAUGACCGGUUGGAAAAAAAUUGGGAUGAAGUUGUAAGUAGGCAAUCUAUUCAAAAACAACAGCAACAACACUGUAUCAGUGACGAAGAACAGUCUAGGUUGCUGGUGCUGCAACAACUACAGGAGAAAGUACAACUAUUAGAAACAGCUAAAACUGAAUUGGAAGCAUCACUCCAGUCCAAACAAGAAGCUAGUGAUAAAUUAUUAUCUGAUUUAGUCAACACUCGUCAAACGGCGGAUUUGUCAGCGGAAAACCUACGAAAAGAAAACUCUUUAGUUUUAAAAGAGUUGAAAGAUCUUCAAGUCAAACUCAACAAAGUUACCCAAGAUAAAGACGAGUCCAUCUCUAACUUGCAGUCCGAGUCAAAAAAAUUCCAGGAAGCCUUGUCUACCGCACAGCUAGAAUUAAAAAAAAUUGAACAAGCUAAAACAUUAAUGGAAUCGGAAUUAAAAAGCACACAUGCUAGACUUGACCAAUUUCAGAAGGAUAAUAAUUCGCUACAGGCAGAACUAGAUUUGCAUACUUCUGAGCAACAAGGACUAGGACAUCAGUUGCAAGAGAAGGAUUCAAUUCUCAGCGAAUUACAGCAGCAUAUUUCCCAAUUGAAGGAAAGUGUUACAAGCCAUGAAAACGAGAAACUCGGUCUUUCGAGUCAGUUGAGCGAUUUACAUACAACAUUAACCACCAAGAACACAGAAUUACAACUCGUGCAAGAUAAAGUUUAUGUUUUGGAAAACAAAAUAGUAGAAAUGGAUCUUCGAGAUAAGAGUUCAGAAUCUGAAAACAUACAAAGACUGAACGAAGAUGUCCAGCAGAAGGAACACAUAAUAUUGCAGUUGAAAGCUCAAGUUGAAGAUAUGGACAAAAAGAGUGGUGAUUUACUCGAUGAAAUUGCUAAAGCCCAAGCAAAAUAUAACGUAAUUCAACAAGAUUGUGACAAAAAUAACUUGAUGAUGAAGAGUUUGGAGGAUAAAUUAGAAACCAAAGUGCAGGAAGUUUCUCAGCUCGAAACUAGAUUACAAGCUUUAGAAACCACAGAAAGAGAAAACGGAUUGUUAACUCGACAAAUAUCAGAAAUUCAAGCAAAAUAUGACACCAUGCAAGGGGAGUAUGACACAAAUAAUUCCAAAGAUAAGGAAAACUUUGCAAAUUUAUCAUCCGAAUUGACGAGAUAUAAAGAAUUGGUGCAUCAGAAUGAGAGCAUAAAAACUUCUCUUCAAUCCCAGUUGACGGGGAUGCAGGAAAGGGUUUCUCAACUUGAGCUUGACAAAAAUACUUUGCAUGCGGAAAUCAAAGCACACGUGUCUCAGCAAUCUGGAUUCGACAAUACUCUCAAAGAACGGGAUGCAAUUGCAAGCGAUUUGCGACUUCGGUUGACCGAAUUAACAGAAAACAUUCAUAACCAAGAAAAUAUAGUUUCAACAAUGAACAAUGAACUCGAUGGUUUGAAAUCCGAGCUGCAAAAGAAACAAGAUCAAUUACAACUCUCGGAAGAAAAUUCGUCUCGUUUACAGUCUAAACUGACAGAGAAAAUCAUGGAGGAUGCGAGUAUAUCAUCUGAAGCAAUAAAACGGUUGGAAAUAGAACUCGAAGAGAAAAAUGACACUAUUGCAAAUUUUCAAUCACAAGUUGAUGAAAUGGCUACCUUUGAAAUCGAGAACAGUGAGUUGGUGCUUCAAAUCUCUGAAAUGCAAUCAAAGUGUGACGAGUUGGAAGAAGAAAACAACUUCUUGAAAAAUUCUGCUCAGCAAGGCGAUGAUGAUGCAUUAAAACGAAAAAUUUCUGAUUUAGAAGGAGAUUUGCUAGACAAAACACAGAUGUUGAAGCAACAAUCGUUACAACUUCAAGACCUAAGGAGGUCACUAGCCAAAGAAAUCAACAAAAACCAAUCCCUCUCAGAAUCUGCCUCUCCAAUGGAAAUGGCAUCAUCAUUCCAGUGCAAUGGAGCUGCAGCUUCUGCUACGAGUCAAUUAAUAUUGUCUUCGUCGUCAUCCUCAGGGACAUCAACACAACCGCCAACCCUUCCUCCUCAGGAGACGGAUGUAAAUUUCAUGUAUCUUCGGUCAGUUCUCUUUAAAUAUCUCACUACAACGGAUGCCCAAGUUACACAACAAUUGACUAGAGUUGUGGCCACCCUACUUCAUUUGAAUGAAGAGGAGUCACACUUACUGAGUCAGGCCACCGAAUCCAGGAAAGGUUUCCUCCAUGUACUCGGCAAGAGCUGAGCUUAUAAACAUUCCAAUCACUUAAUUAAGAAACACAUUACGUAGUGAUUAAGAUAUUUAUUGACAUAUACAUCCAUAUUUCCGAGUGCAAGUCAGAUAACAUACAAAAAUAUAAAUUACAUUAUAUAUAUAUAUAUGAGUGCAAUUUUAUGACAGCAGAAAUUCCUUGCCGUCCCGCAACCAGUUUGCAAACUUGUGGGUUUGGCCUUAAAUUUUAUUAACAAGUGAAUAAAAAAAUGCAGAAAGUAAAA